GGAACUUGUUUAGCCAUAUUCAUAGUUUUGAAUCUGCAGUUAGCUAACCCUAACAUUAGCUGCUCAUCAGAAUUAGCUUGUGUUGAACAUUUUUCUUUUUGUACGUAUGUAUAUUUAUGAGAUGUCGUCCACUUGUUAAGACAGCAGUGCGAGUUGGAGCUAUGUGGCGGCGGUGAAGUAAUGUCAACCCAUCACGGUGAGAUAAUUUUUAACGGACGCAUUGUUCAGGAAGCUAACUGGGCUAACCUUAGCUACACGUUUGCUGGCGACGAUGGCAGAUGUAGCACACGUCUUUCAAACUUGCCCACUUAGUUCAUUUACUAUGAACUCCCUGUCAGUCCAACCCCCAGUAUCAAGCUCAUCAUGCAGGACGCUGCCUGGAGAGGGGAAUCAGGUACAACCAAAGGCCCCUCUUCUGCAGAUCCUGCGUGUUGCUGGAGCCAAGGAAGAAGUGUUCACACUCAAAGAGGUGAUGCACUACUUGGGUCAGUACAUCAUGGGCAAGCAACUGUAUGACAAACAGAGGCAGCAUAUAGUCCAUUGCCAGGAUGACCCUCUGGGAGAGCUGCUGGAAGUAGAGAGCUUCUCUGUCAAAAACCCAAGCCCGGUGUAUGAAAUGCUGAAGAAGUACCUGGUUGUGCAUGAUUGUGCUGACGCUGCAGAGAAUCUUUCUGUGGGCCGUGAGUGUGUAGAGGGAGGAGUGGAAGAUCGUGGUCAGAUAUGCGGAGGUGUGGUCAAAGCAGGACUGGAGGCUUGCCAGAACGUGCCUCCCCUGCAGACCCCCUCCCAGAGACGACCACGGGAGCCAGAUGAUGACUCCCUUGAAGGCUUGCCACGGUCAGCAUGCAAACGCCCCAAACUGGAUGUUACCCUGGAUGAUUGGGAUCUCUCUGGCCUGCCCUGGUGGUUUCUAGGUAAUCUCCGUAGCAACUAUAGCCGUAGAAGUAACGGCUCCACUGACAUCCACACAAACCAACUGUCUCCCGCGCAGGAGGAGGACACGGCCAUCGUGUCGGACACCACAGACGACCUGUGGUUCCUGACUGAGGGCGAGAGUGAACAGGUGAGCGUGGUGAUGAAAGAGGCUGCGCUGGAGGAAGGAAGCGGAGGAGAAGGGGAGGCCCCGCCCGGGGAUGAUGACGGAGGAGGGAAGGAGAAGAAGUUGGAUCGAGAGAUGCAGGAAGAGCCUGAUGAAGACUCGCAGUGUUUGAGUGAUGACACGGACACAGAGAUUUCCAUACAGGAUGCAUGGCAAUGCACAGAGUGCAGGAAGUACAACACGCCUCUACAGAGGUACUGUGUUCGCUGCUGGGCCCUGCGUAAGAACUGGUACAAAGAUGUCCCCCGACUCGCCCACUCCCUCUCUGUCCCAGACAUCCCAGCCUGCAGUUCCCUCACCACCCACGACGAGGAGGACGACAGCGACGCGGGCAUCGACGUCCCCGACUGCAACAGGACAGUGUCUGACCCCGUCAUCCUGCCGUCUCACUCCACCGCCGACCGACCACUGCCCCCGAUGGGGAAAGGCAAAGGUCCUCGGCCCUCAGGCUUCCACAAGGCUGAGCUGCUGUCAGGAGGGGAGAGUCAGGAAGACCUAGGCAUGGAGGUAGAAGACGUCAGGCCCGAGGCUCUGUUAGAGCCAUGCAAGCUCUGCCGAGUGCGGCCACGUAAUGGAAACAUAAUCCACGGGCGCACGGCUCACCUGCUGACGUGCUUCCCAUGUGCGAGGAGGCUGCAUAAGUUCCAGGCCCCUUGUCCAGGAUGUGGAAAGAUCAUUCAAAACGUCAUCAAGAUAUUCAUCCUUUAAAAAUCUGUUCAUUUCAGUGGUUCCAUCAUGGUACGGUUUGGUACAGUACAGUAUGGUUUAGAACAGUAAAGCCUGAGAACUAGGGAUGCAUGAUAUUGGCCUUUUUGCCGAUAUCCAAUAUGCAGAUGCAUUGCUUGGGCCAAUAACUGAUACCGAUAUAAGUUUUUCCCGGCGCCCAACUGCAGAGGUCAUUUAGUCUCUUUUGUUGGGAAACGAACAUUAUCAUUUGAAUACUCAUGUCGCAGAAGAUUUUCUUCUUUGAGUGAAAUGAAUAAACGAAAACGAUAAUUGUAGAGGGCGCCAGCAUGGAAGUGAAGGAGGUAGCAGCCUAUUUAGCCUACUGCUGUAGCCAUUGGUCAUAUCGGCAGAUCUUGGUGUGUUUACUGAUAUUCGAUAAUUCAUUUUAAAGCCAAUAUCUGCUGAUGUCCCUAACGAGAACCGUACCUUAGUUUGCGGGGUGUGGGCUCACGUAGCGUGGCGUACUGGUGCGACGACAACAGACUACAAUGGAGGACAUCCAGCUUUGUGCGAGAAUAGACUGCAGGCGUUUGCCUCAACUUCCAUAGGAUGUUGAUUACACUGAUCACAAGGGAGUGACAUUUUUCUGUCACCCUGCUGACCUUACUGUACUAUUUUACUCUGGUUCCCUAAGGGAAGGGUGUCAAAGAAUGGAAUAGUCGGGGCUGGUUAUUUUGGUACUAUUCCUAAUGGAAACUCCAAAAAAUACGUACUGUACCAAACCAAACCAUUCCACUUGGUGGAAACACUGCUAAAACACAGUGAGUCAGCAGACUCUAAUUGGACCUUAAUCAGCAUAAAUGAUGACACAGCUGCAGUUGCAUGCACUCAAAUACACACGCACACACACACACACACACGCACGCGCGCUCACUCUCCUUUUUGAGACGUGCACCUCAACCUCUACAGAUGCGCACGUGAAAAGCACUUGGUGACGCUUGAGUUUGGUUGCAUGGUUUAUUUUGCCAUCACACUGCCUCUGAAGUAUUGUUAGGUGAAACCUUGGUCGUCUCUCACACCCGCAUAAGGGACGUACCAAGGCUGAAGUAUUUAUUUAUGAGAAGAUCACAAUGGCAAUGCAGCACACGUUUGUGUGAAUGAUUCUUAAUUUUAUGAAGGCUCUUCUUUUCAGGCUGCUCCCUGAUUGGUUUUUCUGUUGCAUUUAAUGUUGCUUGCCUUGGUUUUGUUAUUAGUUAAGUCGACUUCUUCAUCGUGACACCUUUCUUUUACUUCAUGCGUUCUCCACAUCUUUUUUUGCAUAUUCGUAUCUAGCGCUAAGAUUUGAGUAAUGAAGUCGAGACUGAAGGACUGAUUUCAACACCUACGCCUUCAUGAAUAUUAUAUCCUUAAAGCUUUUCUCUCUAACAUGCGUUCAUUUCAGCACCAAAGAAUGUAGUGUCAAAUACAAAGUGGUGGCUUAAGUCCUGUUUCUCUCAGCAUAGUAUUUUAAUAACAGUAGAGUUGACUUUAUAACCUGCUUGAGAAUGCACAGCUGAAGUAUUUACUGUAGUUUUCUCUCGCGGUAGUAAAUUGAUGUUAAUAUGUAUUGAAUAUGAUGCCAAUCUUCUCCUCUGACAGAUUUGCCUGCAGUAAUUUAUGUCCUCUAAUUGUCGGUCGGUGUUUAAGUUGCAUCAUUUUGGAAAAAGGACACUUCUCUCCCCUUUUCCUGGACUGGAAAAAUGAAAGAAUAAUUUCUGUAUAUUUUGUAUUUAAUUUAUUUCUGUCUUUAUAUUUUUGUUCCAGAUGGCCACUUGUGAUGAAGCAGAAAAAAAGGGCUGCACUUGUUACAGAGUUCUACACGUGUAAUUUACAGAAAAGUGUUUUCAGAAAUAUGAACACGGUCUCUAAAGAAGCGUGAGGGGAGUAGUUGGGGAGUUUGAUUUAAGCGUUACACUGCCAAGUAAUGACUUUUAACUUUGAUUUGUACAUAACAGAUUUUAUUUGAAGAUUGUGGAUGCUAUUUAGUUGCGGUGAAAUACAUUAUGCUCUCCAGCUUUAAGAAAUUGAGUGACACGUAACAUAAAGGGAGCACCAUAGAUCUCUGAUAUUUACUUGUGCUUAAUGUUUCUGCCAGCAGGUGGCGUGGUGACUCAGCAUUCUCUCUGGUGCACAGUGAAGCUUACCAGUACCAGUAACAUGAUGAUAAUGUGUAAUAUAAAGCAUGUUUCCUGUCGUGACUUGCACUAGCGCUGAGCUGGUGCGUGUGUGAGCUGUAUCAGCUGUAUAAAAGCUACUCUAUAAACAUAAA